AUGCAGAGAGAAGAAGUAUGAUUAUUAUAGCUUGCCGAAAACCUCUGUUGUGAUAGCUUUUUAUAAUGAGGCUUGGUCAACACUUCUGCGAACUGUUCAUAGUGUUCUUGAGACAUCUCCAGAUAUACUUUUGGAAGAAAUUAUCCUUGUAGAUGAUUACAGUGACAAAGAACAUUUAAAGGAAGCUUUGGAGGACUACGUGGCUGGCUUACGCAAGGUGCGUCUUAUCCGUGCAAAUAAGCGAGAGGGGCUGGUUCGAGCCCGGCUGCUGGGAGCCUCCGUGGCGAAAGGAGACGUCCUGACCUUCCUGGACUGCCACUGCGAGUGCCACGAGGGGUGGCUGGAGCCGCUGCUGGCAAGGAUUGCAGAGGAAGAAUCAGCUGUUGUCUGCCCUGUUAUCGAUGUUAUUGACUGGAAUACGUUUGAGUACUUGGGAAAUGCUGGUGAGCCACAGAUCGGUGGGUUUGACUGGAGACUCGUCUUCACUUGGCAUAGUAUCCCUGAAAGAGAACAAAACCGGAGGAAGUCAAAGACUGAUGUGAUCAGGUCUCCAACCAUGGCAGGUGGAUUGUUUUCUGUGAGCAAGAAGUAUUUUGAUUAUCUUGGUUCAUAUGAUACAGGAAUGGAAGUCUGGGGAGGAGAAAACCUUGAAUUCUCAUUUAGGAUCUGGCAGUGUGGAGGAAGCCUUGAGAUCCACCCUUGCUCACACGUAGGUCACGUUUUCCCCAAACAAGCUCCGUACUCGCGAACCAAAGCUUUGGCAAACAGUGUGCGUGCAGCUGAAGUGUGGAUGGAUGAAUAUAAAGAAAUUUAUUACCACCGAAACCCACAUGCUCGCCUGGAACCAUAUGGAGAUGUGACAGAAAGGAGACUCCUUCGAGAGAAGCUCAAAUGCAAGGACUUCAAAUGGUUCUUGGAGAAUGUGUACCCAGAGAUUCAUGUACCUGAGGACAGACCAGGCUUUUUUGGAAUGCUGAAGAGUAGAGGAAUGGCAAACUUCUGUUUUGAUUAUAACCCUACAAAUGAACAUCAAGUAACUGGACACAGGAUCAUAUUGUACCCAUGUCAUGGCAUGGGACAAAAUCAGUUUUUUGAGUACACGUCCCAUAAUGAAAUACGUUACAACACCCGACAGCCAGAAGCCUGUGCAGCAGUUGAUUCUGGGACCGACUACUUGACAAUGUACACGUGUCAAGAAAAUGCCCACAGUGUUCCCGAAAACCAGAAGUUUGUUUUCAGAGAGGAUGGUACCUUAUUUCAUCUACAAACCCAGAAGUGUGUACAAGCCGAGUCGAACGCUUACAAUGGUAACCCUGCACCAUUGCUACGACCCUGUACCAACUCGGACUACCAAAAAUGGUUCUUCAAAGAAAGAAGUUGA